AUGGGUUCCCUGCUGCUGAUGUUCCUGGUAUUCUUCGCGCCGCUGCUACUUUUUGUCGCAUGGCUUGCAGCUUCAUCCUGCCUGGGAAAUCGCCUCCGAUCUGUCCGACCAGGGUGGGAUUCUUAUGGGGCGAAUUAUCUCCGGACAAUGGCCAAUUCUGGCCCUGCCAUGUCCGAGCAAAUCGAGCUGGACGAUAUGCUAGCAGAACCAGGGACCCGUCGACAAUUCGAAGAGGACGAUUGA